GUAACAUAAUAUAUCUAUAUUUGUUAACUGCACUAUGUUGCAUUUUAUGAAAUCACGAGAAAUUGUGGACAGAUUUAAAAAGAAUUACAAUAGAUAUGAUGAUAAACAUUCCUCCAUAAUUAGUGAAAUUCUUAAAGACAUGAAAUAUUCAAAUAUAUUAAUAUAAUUAUAUGUAUAUAAAACGCAUAUAUUAAAUUUUAUAUUUCAAUAAGAUUUUAAAAUCUUUUUUAUAGCGUUUAAAGUUUAAAGCAUUGUUCCUGUCAUUUCCAAGAUCAUACAAUAUUUUACUACUUUUACCAUUAAAAUCUUAUUGAUAACAUAAUAUUAAGAGAUUUCUUCGUUUAAAAUUUCGCGGGCUUACGACUAAAUAAUACGUCACUUAUCAUCAUAAUGAUAAUUAACCUUUAUCAACGAUAACCACUUUACUAUACUUUGUGGACUAAGUGACAUUAAUGUAUAUCGGCAUCGAAUUUCAAAUGCCUGAUAUAUCUAUUUGAUUGACCUAAAUCUUUUAGAUGGAAUAAGGUAUAGCAUCGUAACAAAAUGAUAGCCAUCUGGAGAUUCUUGAUGAAAAAUGAUCCCACUGUUUCUCAGGGAAUAAAUAUUACAAGAACGUUAUCUACCGAAAGAAAAUAUGUGGAGACGACGGAAAAAGAUGGGAUCAGAACUAUCCGUUUGAGCGAUUCUGCCUCGCGUAACUCUCUAUCGUUAGAGAUGUUAAAGAUUCUGCUAAAAGAGAUCAAAAGAGACGAGGACAACAAGGAUCUUCGAUCGAUCCUAUUGAUAUCCGACUCUGGAAAAGUGUUUUCCGCCGGACACAACCUGAAGGAACUGACAGCUACCAACGCUAAAUUCCACAAGGACGUGUUCGAGACCUGUGCAGAACUCAUGCGGACCAUUAGUCAGAGCCCGGUGCCGGUGAUCGCGGCGGUGGACGGUUUGGCAGCUGCAGCUGGUUGUCAGUUGGUCGCGGCAUGUGACAUCGCGGUGUGCACGGAAAGAAGUUCCUUUUCCACUCCAGGGGCAAAUCUCGGGAUAUUUUGUUCAACUCCGGGUAUACCGCUGGUGCGCAACGUGCCAAGGAAGAGCGCGAUGUAUAUGCUCUUCACGGGACUCCCUAUUUCCGGCAGAGAAGCUUAUGAGUGCGGUCUCGUUAGCAAAGUCGUGCCGAAUGACAAGCUCGACGAGGAAGUUCACCGAAUUAUAGAUGCUAUCAAUGCGAAGAGUCGCUCGGUCAUACACCUUGGCAAAACGUUCUUGUACGAGCAAAUGGAUCUUGAUAUAUCGACGGCAUAUUUUCUUGGCACUGAAAAAAUGGUAAACAAUCUAAAGAUGAAAGAUGCGCAGGAAGGGAUACGAAGUUUUUUAGAAAAAAGGAAGCCGGAUUGGUCACAUGAUUACGAGAAGAAUUAAUUACGUCAAUAUUGACGUAAUAUAACAUUGACUCAUAAUAUUAUGCGCGACUUUAUCGUUUGUAUUUUUUUCUUUCAUCAAAAACAGAUUACGAAAACUAUCAUACUUAAUAUAACAUCUCUUUAUACACGAGAUUUUUUACAAUUGAUAUUAGCCAUGUAAUUUUUUAUGUAUAAUAUAAUUUUAAUAUUUUAAUAAUAUAAGUUUUUUGAAAGAAAUAUGUUUCGUAUAUUACAUCCUUUUAAAUCAGUAAUAUUCUUAGCCUGGUUUACUAAUCACACAUAGAAUGUGAAUCUAGAUAUGAUAAUUAAGCAAUAUAAAUAUCAAAGUUAAUUUUUGACAAAAGUAAUUGUCAAAUUAUUCAUUAAAAGAUUAUUUAGAAGUUUUUAUUUUAUGAUAAUUCCAAAAUCUUCCGCUACUUAAGAUCGUAAAUAUUUGAAUAUUGCACAAUUUUUCGAAGAAAAUGCUGUUGUAUUUUGAAAGAUAUUGACGGAAUCUGAAUCUACAAACAAUAUUCUCAAUUGUAUUUAUCGAUUGUUAUUGUUUGUUUGGUUUUCAAAUAACUGACAAUGAAUUGUACGAGAUCAGAUUAAAUCUUAUGUAAUAUAAUUAAAACGAAUAAAAUUGUUGUCACGUGCAAUUUUGAUUUUACAAUUUCAAAAAACAAUAUAUCUCUCGUGUGAGAUAACCCCACA